AUGACAAACGUAAAGACACUCCUGACGAUUAUUUUCCUUCUAUAUUGCACUUUUCUAUCCCAGAAGACUUGUCAGGCAAAAGAUUUGCAGACAAAGAUUUUGGAGGAACAUGUUUUUCCAAUAAGGAAUAUUGAAAGCCAUAUAGAACUAAAAGAUGAUCUAGAAAGUGCUGCAACGAAUCACAAACAUCAUGGACAUCAUCACAAGUCUGGUGGUGGUCAAGAACAUCAUGCCGACCAUCACGAGGAGCACGGUGAGAAAGGUGAUAAAGGUUACAAAAGUCAUCAUCAUCACGAUAAGGGUGAUCAUGGUAAACACGAUAAAGAACACCAUGCCGGACAUCACGAGGAACACGGUGGUCAUAAGAAAAGUCAUCACGAUUUAGACGAGAAAUACGGGGAGCAUCACGAAGGAGAAAAGGGGCAUAAAGGUGGAAAGUUCGGAGAGAAAAAGGGUCACAAGAAGGGACACAAGACCAAGGGUUAUCACAACAAAUUCCAUAAAGAUGAGUAUCACAAAGAGCACAAGUUUUACGAUGACUAUCAUAAGGGCGGUCAUCACGAGAAGCAUGGUGAUUUUCAUGGACAUCAUGAGAAGAAGGAAGGCCAUCAUAAGAAGGGCGAACACAAACAUUCGGGAUAUGAGGAGGAUCAUCAUGGUAAAAAAGGACAUCACGAUAAGGGCCAUCACGAUGAGGAACAUAAAGGGCAUCACGGUAAGCACGGACACGAACAACAUCACGCUCAUGAUGAUUCCUAUGGCAAGAAGGGUGAUCAUCAUUCUGGAAAGAAGUAUGGUUUCCAAAUGGAACACUAA